CUCUGGAGGAAAACGAACAGAGGUUUCGAGCUUCUCUCGAGCUCUCGAGCACCACGUAUUUGCAUACACGUGCUCUCUUCUCUCUUUCCGUUGUGGCUAUAAAUUCCCUUACCUUUCUCUCUCUAUCUCUCGCUGGCAACAUAGAUAAAUGGAGCUCCAGCUUCAGAAAAGGAGCUCUCUUUCGAGACAUUUCUAUCUGAAAACGGCAGAGAAUUAAUUAUUCUCUUCGUUUCGCGCGAGAUUUGUGCUUGAUAUCCGAAGAAUUUGAUGUAGAAGGAGAAAUAUGAUGCUUUGUUUUUCAUUUGGUGAGGAAUGGUGCGAAUUUCUGUAGGGAUUGAGCGAGCAUCGGUUAAUCGGUUGGUAUUUUGGAAGUGAGAAGGCUGUUUUCUUGCUUGAAUUAUCAGAUCUUGGAGCGGAUGGAGGAAAUGCAGUUUUAGGAGCGGCGGAUCAGUACCUGAGAGUGGCGAAUUUGAGAAUAUCUUGAAAGCCAUGAUUUUCUUCCAUUUUCGGUGUGUCUAUGAUUUCUAGCAGAAGGAUUUGGGGUAUAAUGCUGACAUCUGGUGUUUAUGGUGGUGCAUUCUGUCAAAAUCAAGUGAACUUUGCUCGAAUGAAAGUUGUGUGAAGAGGAAAAUAUCAGGAUUCAUGGUGUUUGGACCGGUGGAUUGGGAUCUGAGGAAGAUGAAUUUUAAGAAAAAUGCAAAAAAAUGGCAGAUUUUCUCCUUUUCUUUGAUGCCUGUGUUCCCAGCAGAAGCAUUUGAGGUGGAAUGGAAAUUUAGAAACUGAGCGACAGUUUCUUGAAUGAAGGUUGUUUUAAUUUUUGAACAGAAAGCAUUUCCCCCCCUUGUUUCUCUGGUUUGAUUUCGCUAUUUUGUUCAAAUCUUUUAGUGGAUGACAGAUAUAUGGUGGUAGGAAGGGCAGAUCGGGAUCUGAGGAAGGUGAAUUUUCACAAUUACGCAAAAUGUAGGUGAAAUGGGGAAGAUUACAAGACUAUUUACUUGUACUUUGGGUUAGAUUCUAUUUAGAAUAAAAGGAUUUGGAAGAUCGGAACAGAAUUUGGGGUUUUCGGAACCUUCCUUCUACACGAAUUUGAUGCUUUUACUGAGUAGUGGUCAGGUCGAUGAAGCCAUUCUAUUGCUUUAAGCAGACUCCUAUACGUAAUCCUAUCCGUGGUCGAUCCGAACGGAGGCUUUCACUUGGAGAAAAUAAACGAAGACUUUCACUUGGAGAAUAUAAUCGAGCAGUCUCAUGGUCAAAAUACCUGGUGUCUUCGGGUGGAUCGAUCAAAGGAGAGGGAGAGGAAGAAUGGAGUGCUGAUAUGUCUCAGCUGUUCAUAGGGAGGAAGUUUGCAUUGGGACGCCACAGUCGGAUUUAUCAUGGGAUAUACAAACAGAGGGAUGUAGCGAUCAAGCUGAUAAGUCAGCCCGAGGAGGACCCAGUCUUGGCGGUUUUCUUGGAGAGGCAGUUCACUUCGGAAGUUGCUCUACUGUUUCACCUAAAGCAUCCAAAUAUAAUAACUUUUGUCGCAGCAUGCAAAAAGCCCCCAGUUUUCUGCAUCAUUACCGAGUAUUUGGCAGGGGGUUCUCUGAGACAGUAUCUCCACAGACAGGAGCCUCAUUCUCUUCCACUAGAUCUGGUUUUGAAAUUGGCGCUUGAUAUUGCACGCGGGAUGCAUUAUCUUCAUUCUCAGGGAAUUCUUCAUAGGGACCUCAAAUCAGAAAAUCUACUUCUUGGGGAAGAUAUGUGUGUGAAAGUAGCGGAUUUUGGAAUCUCAUGCUUAGAAUCUCAGUGUGGCAGUAGAGAAGGAAUCACGGGCACUUACCGAUGGAUGGCACCAGAAAUGAUCAAAGAAAAGCAUCAUACUAGGAAAGUUGAUGUAUACAGUUUUGGCAUAGUCCUUUGGGAGCUCUUAACAGCAUUGAUACCAUUCCAUGACAUGACUCCAGAACAGGCUGCUUUUGCAGUCUCCCAGAAGAAUGCUCGUCCACCUUUGCCCACCGCUUGCCCUCUGGCAUUCAGCCAUCUCAUCAGUCAGUGCUGGUCGACUAACCCAGAUAAACGGCCACAGUUUGAGGAGAUUGUUUCAGUUCUUGAAAGCUACACUGAAUCUCUUGAACAGGAUCCGACAUUUUUCUCAACCUAUAAGCCCACCCAACAUCAGACUCUCCUCCGAUGCUUCCCAAGGUGCAUCUCUGUUAGCAGGUUUGCAUCUUUAAAAACUUAGCAUCCUUUGUUACAUUACUGUAAUAUGUAAUAUGUACCAUAUUGUCCUU